GGGGACAGUAACAGACAAGCUGCGGCUGCGUUCAAUACAUCCAGAGCUACACUACAACCUAAAGGAGGGCUGCGUUCCAAACAUAGACAGCCAUGUAUGCCAAAAAGUCAGACGAACAGGGACCACGCAAAAGAUGUUCUUUUGAGUCUGAGGAGAAGCAGCUCAACAAUGAAGUUACCUUCAGUAAAAUUGAUGAGAGCCCGGACAACAAGAGCAGCUCCCCUGGAAAGCCCACCAGCUCUGAGAAAGGCAUUGCAACUAUCAUAUUCUCAGUGAAAGAUGAAGUCGGUGGUCUUGUCAAGGCCCUUAAGCUUUUCCAGGAAAAACAUGUCAACCUCAUUCAUAUCGAGUCCCGCAAGUCCAAACGAAGGAAUUCAGACUUUGAGAUCUUUGUGGAUUGUGACACUGACCAUAAACAACUUAAGGAGCUGACUCAGCUGCUAAGGAAGCAUACUGAUAUUGUUGAGAUGACCCCACUUGACAACUCCACUCUCCCUGAUGAUGAUAUGGCUGAUGUGCCCUGGUUCCCUAAGAAGGUCUCUGAUUUGGAUCUGUGUGCGAACAGGGUUUUGAUGUAUGGCUCUGAAUUAGAUGCUGAUCAUCCGGGAUUUAAAGACAACAUAUAUCGUAAAAGAAGAAAAUAUUUUGCUGAUUUGGCUAUGAGCUACAAACAGGGCGAUCCUAUAUUUCGGAUAGACUUCACAGCAGAGGAGGUGCAUACCUGGGGUGUGGUGUUCAGGGAGCUCAACAAGCUGUACCUCAGCCAUGCCUGCAAGGAGCAUCUGAAGAACCUCCCUCUGCUCACCAAAUACUGUAACUACAGCGAAGACAACAUCCCCCAGCUGGAGGAUGUCUCACACUUCCUCAACGAGCGCUCAGGCUUCAUCAUUCGACCAGUGGCAGGGUACCUCUCCCCCAGAGACUUUCUAGCAGGCCUGGCCUUCAGAGUAUUCCACUGCACUCAGUAUGUCCGUCACAGUUCUGAGCCCUUGUAUACACCUGAACCAGACACAUGUCAUGAGCUACUGGGUCAUGUUCCUCUGCUUGCUGAGCCCAGCUUCGCCCAGUUCUCUCAAGAGAUUGGUUUAGCAUCGCUGGGAGCUUCAGAUGACGACAUUCAGAAACUGGCCACAUGUUAUUUCUUCACAGUGGAGUUUGGUCUAUGUAAGCAGGAUGGCAGGCUAAGGGCCUAUGGAGCUGGACUCCUCUCCUCCAUCAGUGAACUCAAGCAUGCUUUGUCUGGCAAGGCCCAUAUCCUUCCGUUUGACCCCAUGGUGACCUGUAAUCAGGAGUGCAAAAUAACCACGUUCCAAGAAGUUUACUUUGUCUCACAGAGUUUUGAGGAAGCCAAGAACAAAAUGAGGGAGUUUGCCAAGACCAUUCGGCGUCCGUUCACAGUACGGUACAACCCCUACACGCGGAGUGUGGACAUCCUGAAGGACACCAGCAGCAUCAAUAGCAUGGUGAAAGACAUUCGUCAUGAGCUGGACAUUGUAGAAGACGCCCUGAACCGACUCAAACACCCAAGAGUCUGA